CUGUAUUGGACUUAAUCUUCAAUCUGAGAUUAUAUGAACUAUGGCUUCCAAUUAACGUUACACGUUUGGGUCUGUCUCUAUCAAAUAUCUAGAUUAGUGCAUAACUUUCAUGAUGUAUGGAAAUUUAUAUUUUUAUAUUAUCACAGAGAUCGCUAAACAUGUCAAUCAUUGAACACGCUAAAAAAUCAUUUGUAGUCUAUAGAAUAAAUUAGCUUCGAUUGCUUAAUUAGUUCACUGAAGAAAUUCAACGGGAAAUGGAGCAACAAUUGCGCGCUUGGUUACGCUACUCGUUCGUCUUCGGGCUCUAUAUGAGUCCAACACAGGAAACGCAGUAUAUAAACAGACGAGUCAUACCCAACACUCGUCUUGCAUGGCUGGAACGCAAACGAAUGAUACAACUACAACAUUUAAAGAUAAUUUACAUGUAUUUGCUAUUAGUUGGGUUCUGCGUAGUCUUUGUGAGAGCACUCGCCUCGCGUAAACCCAUACCGGGUAUAGCCAGCGAGGUAGUGACCACUAUGAUCUUUAGCUUACAGGCGCUAUCGACUCUUAUUAUUGCAGCCGAGGGACUCUGGUGUCCACAGCAACAUGAAACAUUCUUGAGACUACUGCAAGAGAUUGAAUUCUCACUGAAAUUGCGGUUGAGAGAGGAUACCAAAUUUAAUAGUUGCCCGUCACGUGUGCGUUGGUUCUUGAAAUAUCUGCUUUGGCUAUCGCUCAUCUGCUUCGGCAUGGCGGUGUAUAAUUUUAUACAACUACAACAUCUGGGUUAUUAUUGGUACUCGCUUGGGUAUAGCAUUAUCAUUCGUUUGCGUAUCAUACAGUUGUGUGUUUAUGUUUGUGUGUUGCGAAACUACUUGGAGUGCCUUUGUAUGAAAUUACAACAGCUUGUAGCAUACCGUACGGCGCCAAACCAACAGCUUUUGGAUAUUAACUAUGAGAAACUACAAAGUCUCGAAUAUCUUCGUGCUAUUAAGCAUGUCUACGAUUUACUCUACAAAGCAUUUGAGCAACUCAAUGCAUUCGCCGGUUGGUCUCUCUUUGCCAUAAUAACCUGUUAUCUCUUGGACUAUGGUUGCGCGCUCUAUUUUGCACUGCUCAGCUGGGAGGGAUACUUGGAGAGUUGUAGUUACUAUAUACCAGCCUUUUGGUGGAUUCUACCAAUGACCGCUGUAAUCUGGCACAUUUGUUAUUUGUGUCAUAAGUGCAAGCAAUUGGAUCGUUUGAUAGCCACUAGUCUGCGCCGUAUAAUCAUAAUGAGUUCCUCUCAGCCGAAGUGUUCCUAUCGCAUUUUACUACAACAAUUCUCUACACAAUUAGAGCUACAGUCUAUCGAGGUGACCGCAAGAAAUUUCUUUAUAUUAGACUUGCGUUUACUAAUGUCGGUGAGCCGUGAUGUAUGCUUCAGAAAAAUUCUCCCAUAAUAACUAUUGAUUUU